UCAAUCUUGGAAGCCGAAGUUCGAGCCAUACGGGAUGGCCUCUCUUUAUUAUGGUCACUCGGAUUUCGAAAUGUUGAGGUUGAAUCAGACUCGCAAUUAGCAGUGCACCUUAUCCGAUCCGAAAAAGAUCUGUUUCACCCUCUUGAAGCUUUAAUCGCUGACUGCCGUGCUCUUCUCCGUCAACCAUGGACUACAAAGUUCUCACACAUCCUAAGAGAAGCAAAUGCAGUCGCUGAUCUUAUGGCUGCAUUGGGUCAUAGUUGCAGAGAUGGGGAACACUUAUGGCCAAAUCCGCCUCCACAAGUUAUUCCACUUUUGGAGUUAGAUAGUAUUGGCCACUCUUUUCCCCGUCCUUAG